UAAUAAUUUUUAGCUGUUUGCUAUGCAAAAUUCGUCGCUAGUAACGUUUCUUCUUGUUCACCAUGGUGACGAAUACAUCGGCGAAGUUACAUUGAUCUUUUCUAAGAGUUGCUUUUGCAUUGUGGUUGAAGCGUCUCAAAACAAAGAACGUUUAAAACGAAGUUUGUUGUAAUUUCGAUAAAUAUAAUAAAAACAUAUAUUGUAGAACAACAAUGAAUUAACAAUAAUGAAUUAAUCUUUUAUUUUUAAAUUUUUCCGCCAAUAAUGCAACAGCUAAUACUGCACGAUUAAAGUAAAUGUUAAAAUAAGAAUAUAGGCAAGUAUUAAUAUUCAUUUGUUUAAGAAUUAUAUAAAAUCGUUUCUCGUACACGUAAAAAUGAACACAAAAGUUGUUAUGAUCGAAAUUUGAGAAUUUGUUUUGUAAAAUAUAUUGAUCCAAUUGGUGAGCAUCGAAAUUAAAUGCGCGGGAUUUAUAAUACCUCUUAAACCGUUACAAUAUUGAGCUGGGUGUUUAAAUUCAAUUAAUUAUUUAAAAGAAAGAUGAGAGUAAUUAUAAUAUUCCUGUGUAAUUGAAUCUGAUGAAUGUUUCUAAGACUUUAAUAUUCUGUUGUCUAUAAUUAUGGAUGUACAAUUGAUAAUGCAAUUACUUUAGUAGGCAAUGACAGAGCACAGGGGCACAUCUUUUUACAAUUCCUGUGUAAAAGUUCCAGUGGAUCCUUAUAGUAGACAGCCAACACCUUCUUAUGAACGUCCUAUGGUUACAAAAUGUAACAAUAACGAUAAUGCUGAUAAGAUAUGUAAAUUAAAUUUUGCAACAGAUGAUCAAUUUGUCAGUGACUCGGAGAUAUCAAAUCCUAGAGAAAUAGUCGACAACUUUCUAGAAUUUCUGGGAAGUAUACCAGAUUACGGUCAAGUCCAUCAUUUAACAAACGAACAAUUUAAACAAAAAGUAGAUUAUUUAAAGAGGAAACAAAAGUUAUUAUUAAAAAAUUUACAAAACUCACUCAAUGAUCGUAAUAAUGGAAAUGUAUCCAGAUUUUCAGUAUCAAAGUACAAUCAACGGUCAGAAACCAAAAGCAGAAAUGAUAUCAAUAACUUGAAAUUAAAUGGCAAAAAGUGUUAUUUUGUAGAAUCCAGAACAACCAGUCCUAUGCUUUUCCCUUCUGGUAAAUUUAUUGGACUUGUAGAAGAUCAAGAUCUAUUAACAAACAGAUGUAAGCAAAAAGACAAGGAAGCUAAGACAAUAUGUAAUGAAAAAAUACACUUGGCUGAUAAUAGUUGGAGGACAUGGAAUAAAUCAAAGAGCUAUGAUAGUAUAGAAAGUGAUACAGAGAGUGUGGAGACAAGAAGCUUGCCAGCUAGUAGCUCAAAGGAAUGGCAUCCUACUGUUCCUAAGCCAUUCAGUUUCACUCUGAGGGAGGAAGUGGAGAAGUACAUGGCACAUGCUGAAACAAAGGAACUGGAAUGCAAAAACGUUAAUAACAAAAAAAGUUCUUAUAGAAAACGUCAUAUAAGACCAAUUCCCCUUACAUCUAAAAUUCCACUUUAUAACAAAUUAUUAGCUGAGAAAGAAGAACGGAGUCGUAUGAUCCGCGAAGAAAGCGUCUUAAAUUUGAUGUCUCAAGUACGCCCCUUUAGGCUCGAGUGUGACCGUCGAGCCUGGAGAUCUUUAACAAGGUCUAGCCCGGAAAUUCGUAGCAAAAGCGUUAGCGCGUGUAUGAAAUUCAAGGCUAAACCUGUACCAAAGAAUCUCUUUAGUACCGACAUAUAUGACCGUAUGCUUGAAGACGAAUAUUACAGACAACUGCAGAAAAGAGUAAGGGCAGCGGAAUUAAUGAAGUCUUCUUCUUUACCUCCGUCAAUGGCAAGACGAGAACGCGUCAAGUCCGCGUGCACGCGUUUACAGAGUACAGGCAAGAAUUGUAAUGAAAGUAAUGAGAGUAAAAACUCCUCGCAACUGUCGAAUAAUACAUCAAUGCCAUUAGAAAGGUGUAGAUCAGCGAUGUCACUUUUACCACUGCGAGGAAAUAAUUUAGCAGCAAUUUUAAGAUGCCAAAUGUCUCGAGAAAAAUUAGAACGUGAAAUAAGAGAGAAAAUGGAGGCGAAACGGCGAGAGCAAGCGAUAAGAAUGAGAGAAUCUAUGAUUGGGCGAAAUCCGGUGUGGAGAGCUUUGAGGUCCGCAGCAAGACACGAACAUGAGAGAGAUCUCGAUAUUCGGACUUCUCUGCGUCGCGAUGAAGCGCUCGAACAAGCGGAGCGUCAUCGAUUGCAGAUGGAGAUGAUGUUGGAUCGCGUGACUCAAAUACCAACUCUAUUCGAACGUCACUCUCAGACUUAUCAGUCCUUCAUAAAGACGCGACAGAACGAUGGCCGGAAAUUUUCGCAACGGAAGAAAAAGAAAAAGCAACCUUGUCAAAAAUCAUGUAGCAUAGAUUCGUACAUCGAUUAUGAAAACAUUUCCAGGCCAGAUUCUGGAUCAUUGAUUAGUUCUUCUGGAACGCUCGUGUCCACGAGUCAAUCGUCGAAGUCAUCGGAUACAUCUAGAUCGCAUGCUUCUGACAAGUCUCUGACUAAAUCUCAAAGUUCAUUUUCUAAGAAGAAAGGCGAUCGUGGCCAAUUAAAAGUUUCUAUAAACGAGACGGCGGAACUAAUCGAGGAUCAAAGUGAAAACGAUACGUUACAUAAUAACGCAAGUGUUUCCAAAGACGAUCGUAAUGAACAUAAAUUCCAAAGCGACGAGCACGAUACAGAGGGAUAGUGAUCGG